AUGAAUCUUAUGAAUAUGGGUCGUGAACAAUUGGAAAAUGGAGGAUUAGAUAGUAUGCUUAAACAAGUGGGCAUCAAUGAUAUAGGUUCAUUUGUAAGUCAAUUUCGAAGUAAAGCAACUCAAGAAGGGGCAGCAGCUGGUGCAAGUAGUGGCGGACAAUCAGAUUUAAUGUCUAUGGGAUCAUCAUUUCUUAAUCAAAUGGGUGGCAGUAGUGGAAAAAAGCAAAGUGGUGGUGGUGGUGGUGGUGAUUUAAUUGGUGGGGCAAUGAGUGCUUAUAAAAUGUUUUCUGGCAACAAGGGUAGCAGUGGUGGUGCAGCACAAGGUGCUAGUAGUGGUGGUGGUUCUGGUGAUUUAAUUAGUGGAGCAAUGAAUGCUUACAAAAUGUUCUCAGGUGGAAAAGGAACAAGUGGAAGUAGUGGAAGUAGUAGUAGUAGUGGCGGUGGCGGUCUUUUUGAUAGUAUUAGUGGUGCAGUUGGAAAUGCUCAACAAAUGCAAGGUUUACUUAAAUCAUUGGAUAAAAAUGGUGAUGGUAAAAUAAAUAUUGAUGAUAUUCAACUUAUUCUUCAAGGAUUAGGAUUGGGAUCUGUUUCACCAUAUAUAUCGAAAGCUUUAUUUAAAGCAGUUGAUCGAAAUGGUAAUGGUGAACUUGAUUUAACUGAUGUGAUGGCAUUAGCUGCAAUAGUUAGUAAACUUCAAGGUCGAUUUGGUUCAGGUGCACAACCAGUUCCUCAAAAUUAA